AAAUAAUAUUACUAGUCUUGAUUUAAGCGAAUGCCCCGAGUUAAAAAAACUUGACUGUUCGAGUAAUGCUGGAUUAACUGAACUAAAUAUUAAUAAUUCUUCAAAUUUAUCAAACAUUAAUGUUAUUGGUUUCCUACGCAAUUUAGUAUGUGAUAAUACACCUUAUUCUCCCGAUGAAAUAAUUAAACAAUCCAGAAAGUAA